CUCCUGUCAUUGUGGUUAGCAUAAACGUGAAGCUAAAAGAGUCCAUAUGUUAAACAGGAAGGAAGAACAAAGAGGAUCAGUCUAUUACUUCUCAUUUUCACAUGAAACCUUUUAGUUAGCCACAAGAUCUUCGCUCUGGUGACUAUUCAACAAAUGGCCAAAUAAUGCAGUGAGACGGUACAAUGAAAGCUAAAGGACCCAGGAACAAUCUCAAAUCGUCAACAUGAGCCUUUUCAACAUCACUUUUCUUGUCUUGAUCUCAGUUUGCUUUGUUUGUGGAUGCAAGGUAGAUGUCCAGCAGUCAAAGAAAGUGCUGAGAAGAAAAGAGCAAACAUCAGUCUCUAUUCCCUGUUCUGUUAAUAUAUCCAACUGCGCAGGUUAUGGAUCUGACAAACCAGAAAUCUUCUGGUAUAUGUUUCACAAAGACCGCCACUACCAGAUUGAUUGGAUCAACCAACCAGCCAAAUACAUGCUGGAGGAUCAGAAUUUAAAAAUCAACUUUGUGUCCAAAAACGACUGUGGAGUAUAUUACUGUGCAGCUGCUAAUGGGGCACAAAGUGGGGAGCAGGCAAUUGGGCAAGGAAGUACUCUGAUGGUGACAGAAAGGGGUCUUAAUGUUCGUCAGACUCUAUUGUUGACAUUGCUUAUCCUACUGGUUGCUUACGGCCUCAUUGUCUUGGGUAUUAUCAUCUGCAUAAAGACUGGAAAAAUAAAUUUAAUCUGUAAAGGAAGAUGGAGAAAAACCCAGGACCAUUCUAGGCAAAUGAUUUUUAGUGGAGUCGUGCAAGAACUAUACAAGAGGAACUUAGUGCAUGACAAAAUUCAGGCACACUGCAAAGUUUCUCAACCAAAGGCUGAAGGUCCUCAAACCCUGAAUGAAGAUAUUUACCAAAAUUAUGAUGAGUGAAAAAGAUGAACUUAUUCCUGUCGCUUUGAUCUGCAAUGUCAUCAGUUUGGAGGCAAUGCUGGAAACUACUACAUUAAGAAAGAGUUUAGAAAGAGUUCAGUGAAAUGUUCAACUUAUUGAACUUACUGAAAUGUUGAACACAUUACUCAUGUGUUUUAUUUUUAGCUAUGGCCUACAGUAUAAUGGUAAUGUUGUAAUGUUGUGGUUUGUGAAAUGUUGUAAUGUGUCUAUCAAUGACUUGAUGACCUGACUUUUCAGUUUUUAUUAAGUGUUGUAUAUAAGCUAUUAUGUAAAUCCUUUUGCUAUCUCGUCAAUAAAACUGUGACAUUGUUGUAAAUUAUA